CACUGGCUCAAAGUAACGGAGGGGCUGAGCGCGAGCUGAGUAGCUAGCCGGCUAGCUAGCGUUUUCUAUUGGCGUCUCUUUUUUGUUUUAAAAAAAAAGGAUUAAAAAAGAAAACAAUUUAAGUAUUUUAUGUUAGUCAGUCAGUAUUUUUAACGCUCAGUGUUAUACCAUCAGCUCAUUAAAAUACAUUGUACAGAGUGUUUUCCUCGGUCGGACUCUCGAGUUGGCGGAAUGGAUAUUAGCUGGCCGGCUAGCUGACAAGCCACAUUCGAGCUAGCAUCAAAGUUAUCGAAACUAGCCCAAGGCGCUUUUUUAAAGGUGGAGUUUUACUUUAUUUAAAUUUUUUUAGAUAUAAUAUACAAGUUUAGUGAGAGUAGGUCACUGAGUGGCCGUUCCUAAAGUUUAGGGAAACAAACCAGAUAAAUUAGGGCUGUGAAAGCGAAGAAGGGGGAAAAGGAGCCGCGGUCUCCUCGCCUGUGUCCGGGCGCGAUGUUGUCCAACUCGCAGAAUCAGCUGGUAUUCCCCAACCAGCCACAACAACAGCAGCAGCACCUUCAGUUCCACGCCAAACCCGCGCUUCAGAUAAAGAAAAACGCCAUCACGGACGACUACAAGGUCACCAACCAGGUCCUGGGUUUGGGCAUCAAUGGGAAGGUGUUGGAAAUCGUUCAGAAGAAGAACGGGGAGAAGUACGCGCUGAAGAUGCUGCAGGACUGUCCCAAAGCCAGGCGUGAGGUAGAGUUGCACUGGCGAGCAUCACCCUGUACUCACAUCGUGCGUAUCAUUGAUGUAUACGAGAACCUAUACCAGAGCCGCAAGUGCUUACUCAUCGUCAUGGAGUGUAUGGAUGGCGGGGAGCUUUUCAGUCGGAUUCAGGACCGAGGGGACCAGGCAUUCACUGAGAGAGAGGCUUCAGAUAUCAUGAAGAGUAUUGGAGAAGCCAUCCUGUUCCUGCACUCCAUCAAUAUAGCACACAGAGACGUCAAGCCAGAAAACCUCUUGUAUACAUCAAAAAGACCCAACGCCGUCCUCAAGCUCACAGACUUUGGGUUUGCCAAAGAGACGACCACACUUAAUUCGUUGACCACCCCAUGUUACACUCCCUAUUACGUCGCCCCUGAGGUGCUUGGUCCAGAAAAGUAUGACAAGUCCUGUGAUAUGUGGUCUUUGGGUGUCAUCAUGUAUAUUCUGCUCUGUGGCUACCCACCUUUCUAUUCCAAUCAUGGACUGGCCAUAUCACCUGGGAUGAAGAAGAGGAUCCGCAUGGGACAAUACGAGUUUCCCAAUCCCGAAUGGUCCGAAGUCUCAGAAGAAGCCAAACAUCUCAUCAAGAGGUUGCUAAAGACAGAGCCCUCAAUGAGGAUAACCAUAUCAGAGUUUAUGAACCAUCCCUGGAUCAAUCAGUCGAUGGAAGUGCCACAGACCCCUUUGCACACCAGCCGUGUUCUGAAAGAAGAGAAAGAUGUCUGGGAGGAAGUCAAGGAGGAAAUGACUAGUGCCUUGGCCACCAUGAGGGUGGACUAUGAGCAGAUCAAAAUCAAGACCAUUGAGGAUUCCUCCAAUCCACUGCUGAUGAAGAGGAGAAAGAAAGCAAACAUGGCUGCUGAAAAUCAGACAUCCAACAGCUGAGGACAGUGUUGGUCUCAAAUGCAUCCAUAUAUGUGUAGGUUCAAAAAGGUUAUAAUAAGGAAGCAAUAAUUAAUUUUGAAAAAUGGCAACGUUUGAGGGAAUGGAAAUUAAAACACAUUCUAAUAGUCUCUUUUACGUAUGAUUUUUUUUUUUCCCUUUUCAGUUUUCUACAGAAUUCUUUUUAUUACUCGGUCUUUGUAACUAUUUAACCACUCUGCGUCAUGAAAAGGCAUUUAGAAAUUCAGGUUAUGUAUUCCCAAAAGAGCUGAUGAGUUGCUCGAUCAUAUUUUACGAUUAGUGUUUUCUCACUUGGUAUUUUGAUGUAUUGGUGGAGAGACUACAGAAGAGAAGGAAUGUUUUGCUUUUUCUGUCCUCCCCCACCCCUCCGUCAAAUCAAAGCCAUUGGCACAUUUAUCACACGCACACUUGUCACUGAUAUUUAAUUUCCUCUUAAUUUGUUUUGGAUGUGCAAACCAAGUUUCACUCCAUUUUGAUGGGUUCUUCAGUUUGCAUGUGCAUUUCUCAGGUGCCUGUGAUACCGGCGGAACUCAUGCCUUAUGCAAGCUUUCUCACAAAGUGUGUCCACCCCCUACCCCCUCACCUCACUCCCCUUUCUCAGAAACACCCCUGCACUUGUAUGCGUUUAAAAGGCUAAUCUGAAAAUAGGGUAAAGCUAUCAUCACUGACGUGCAGACAGAGCAAACUUGUUCUUGAAAUGACUGUAGAAUGUAGACGAACUCUCUUGUAGACGAACUCUCUUCCUGACUGUGAAGCUCUUGGAACACCUCUCUCACACUGCCUCUUGAGGUCCAGUCAUUCAAAGGGUUCAGCUUUCUUCAGAGAUUCACAUUUCGUUUUUAGUAGCCUGUGUUGCUGAGGUUAUUCUGCUGGUUUGACAGUGGGACGUCUUUUGGCUCCUAACUAAACAGACUCCGUUUACACAAGGAGAGCUCUCUCCUGCAAGUUUUAGAAGUCUUUUACCCAGUUCACGCUCAUUUUUAUACUUUAAGCGUUCUGCAGUUUGCCUCGUCAGUGCUAUGCAUAUUACCCACCAGCCUUUUUUUUUUUUUUUUAAUAUAUAUGCUUUGGUCAGUGUUUGUUUAAAAUGAUCUAAAGUUAUACUGUUAGUUUUACACUGUUUUUGGCCCUCAUCAGUAUAAUGCACAACCCUUUUAGGAAUCGAUCAGCAUGACAAGGGAAUGUCUUGUUGUAUAUGGACACUGAUGGAUGAAAAGUUUUGUCCUUUCCAAUGGUUAUGCAUUUGUUUUUGUUGUUUUUUUUUGUCCAUGCUAAACCUCGUAAGAAUGAACUUAUGUGAAAACAUUGUAUAAUAAUCAGAGAGCCAUAUCCUCUGACUUCAGUCAGCAACUGUUGUACUGGGGUUUUUUUUCUUUAUUUUAUGUGCCCUUUUGUGGUUGAGAUCAGGUUUAAACCACCCAAUGCAGCAUCUUGAGUACUAUGGUGGUAGAAAGUGUCUUUAUAUGUAUAGGAAAUCAUCCCAGCGAACUGCCAUUGCUGUUUUCUAUAGCUCUGAUUGGCAGGAUGGUGAUUUAUCCUUUUGGUUCAUUUUUUUUUAUCAAAAUUUUAUAUCUAAAAAUAUGGAUACAGGUUAAUGUGUUGAAAGUAUUGAGUAGAAGCAAUGGACCGCUAACGAAUUCAAAAGAUCUGUGCCCUCAUUUCCCCCUUUUUUAUUUUUGCAUAACCUUGCUAUUCAUUUAUAAGUCAUUCUCACUUUCUUUUUAUUUCCUCAGCACAGGUUGUUGUUUUUUUUGGGGGGGGGGGGGGGUAUAAAUCUGACAAACAUGAUGUAGAGAUUUAUGAGUCCCAGGCUAACUUUUGCAGCGCAGAACCAAAAAUGUAUUUUCAGUGUUCAGCUGCUGUACAACCAGUCUUGGUCUGCUUCAACUUUGAUUAAAACAUGAAAACAAACCACUCCUUGUCAUGUUUCAUAGCUUGGAAUGUAUAUUGCCCUUUAUUUCCUUUAUAGCAAUAUUUCUGUGUGCUUCACUAUACACUGCUCUCUUUUCCAUAUGGCUACCUCCUCUGUGUGCCAAAAUCAGCUCUGGUGUUUAUUGCCAAAAAGCUUCAUUUUGGUUUCAUCUGACCAUAGAACCCAAUCCCAUUUGGAGUUCCAGUAGAGUCUGGCAAACUGAAGACACUUGAGUUUGUUUUUGGAUGAGAGUAGAGGCUUUUUUUCUUGAAACCCUUCCACACAACUUGUGGUGAUGUAGGUCAGGGGUUCCCAAACUUUUUCAGGGCAAGGCCCCCCAAAUGGCAUUAACAUUUGACUGAGGCCCACCUUUUGCAAGAUGUCUUUAAAACACAAAAAAUACAGACUUCUGAAUAUUUCCCCCUUUUUUUAUUAAUAAUUACAUCUUACAUCUUUACAUUAGGAAUUGAUUGUGUGUGGUUGUCUGAGAGUGAGAAAUAGGAAACAUAUUAGUGGGAGGGAUGUGCACACCAAUUUGUUGAGGCCCCCUGGCGGCCCCCACUUUGAAAACCACUGAUGUAGGUGACUUCGGAUUGUAGUUUCAGAGACUUUCUGACCCCAAGACACAACUAACUUCUGCAAUUCUCCAGCUGUGAUCAUUGGAGAUUUUUUGGCCACGUGAACCAUCCUCUUCACAGUGCGCUGAGACGAUAUAAACACACGUCCAAUUCCAGGUUGAUUCAUAACAUUUCCAGUUGACUGGAACUCCUUGAUUAUUGCCCUGAUGGUGGAAAUUGGCAUUUUCAAUGCUUGUGCUAUUUUCUUAUAGCCACCUCCCAUUUUGUGAAGCUCAACAACCUUUUGCCGCUCAUCACAGCUAUAUUCCUUGGUCUUACCCAUUGUUGUGAAUGACUACGGGAAUUUGUUACCUCAUAUUUAUACACCUGUGAAACAGGAAGUCAUGGUUGAACAAUUUCCUGUUCCUAGUCACCCAGAUGUACUUAAAUAAAUUCACAAUAUCAAUGGGAAUAUACUUCACAUAUACAGUUGCAAUCAAAAUUCUUCAACUCCCAUUGCAAAUUAGGUUUGUUGUCUAAAUUUACAGACUGAACAAAU